AAACCCACCUUUUCUCAUUGUUAAAGACGCGGUGGAAUGUGAUGGUUUGAUCUCAAACGGACCAGGGAGGGGAAUACCCGAGAGGACAGGGCCGAGAGGACGUGAUUCAGAGGAAGGGGGAAACCCACAGAACAGCAGCACUCUGCCCGGCGUCCUCCAACUCUGCGGCUGCGCGCGUGUGUGUGUGUGAGGAUAUGUGGAUGAACUUGUCCUCGCCGUGUCGGCAGCAGCGAGUCGCUCCGUCCGCAUGAGCUCCGACCGAGUGACGCUGUGGAUUUACCGCCGAGUUUCUUCAGCCACGGCGGGGCACCAGCCAGAGAUGAACGAUUUGUCUGCUAAACGCCACUCUGAGGGAACUUCAAAGUCUUAAAGGGACAGUGACGGACAGACCGCUGGGAGAGAGUAUUUUUUUCGAAAAGAAAGGACUUGAUAACACCACCACACAAAUGUGGCCCUCCCAAAACAUUGUCAUCAAAUAAUCUGAACAACAAAGCAAACGCAACAGAUAAAACACCUUUUGUAGCAAUGUCUGACCAUAAAGACGUGACGCAUCGCCACCUGCGGCACAAGCUCCAGAAUCUCAGCCGAAGACUCGAUGAACUGGAAGAAGCAACCAACAAGCUGCAGAAGUCUGAGGAUGAGCUACUGGACCUACAGGACAAAGUCAUCCAGGGAGAAGGCAGCAACUCAUCCCUGCUUGGAGAUGUGGAGGACCUUAGGAAACGUCUCCUAAAGAUCCAGGGUAAGGAUGAGGAGGUACGCAAAGCUGAGGACCUCUGCCGCACGGUCAGAGUGAAACUGGAAGAAGAGGAAAGCCUGACCAAGGAGCUAAAGGCCGAGAUUGAAAGUCUACAGCGGAGGAUGGCAGAACUUGAGAAACUGGAAGAAGCUUUUGGGAAAAGCAAGUCUGACUGCAGCCAGCUCUGCCUGAGCCUGAAUGAGGAAAAGAACUUGACCAAGAAGCUCUCGUCAGAGUUGGAGGCUCUCAAAGCACGUCUGAAGGAGGUGGAGGGCUCUGAGACGAAGCUGGAUAGAGCAGAGCAGGCUUUGGCCAUGGAUCUUGAGAAACUCAAAGGAUUCACCCAAACCUUCAUCAGUGAGCGCAAGAGGCUGGUAGAGAAACAAAGGGAGGAUGAGAAGAUCAUUCUGAAGCUGACAGAAAAGUUGGAGCACCAGAAGAAUUGCCUUGGCCUGGCUGCAGACCCUGGUCGUGCAGAUUUCAUGAGGUCACGCAUUGAGGAUGAGCUUUCAUCCACAGGGCUCCUCACGAGUAAACUGGCUGGAUGCAAAAAGAGCCUCGAGUACUUGAAGUUGGCUGAUGACAACAUCAGCCUUGUGAACAAAUCUGAAAAUGAGAAGAACAGCGGUCUGGAAGGCUCGCAGGAUGAGGACAACAAAGUAAAGGAGCUGACACAGGAAGUAGAGAGACUGAAGAAUCGCCUUAAACAGCUGGAGAUCGUGGAGGAUGAUCUAAAGAACUCUGAGUCCAAAAAUGAUGAACUUCAUGAGAAGUUCCAGAUGGAACGAACACGUGCUCGCCAACUGAACGAGCAGGUGGAACAGCUCCAGACGCAACUGUGCGGAAAAGGUGGACUCGGAAGAAAUGGAACCAGUAAUGUGGAUAAACGCGGCAACGUAAGCACUAACAUUUGCCCCAACAACGCCGCUAAGAUCUUGGAGAAUGGCAAAGCUGAGAAUGAAGAGGUUGGCGUGAAGGGAUGUUUCAGACAAGAGAAGCCCAAAUUUAGGAGUGCGGCAACUGUCUCAGAGCCGAGUUCCCCCAAACACAGGAACAGGGAUCUCUCGCCCCAAAAAGGGAAGGAGACAAAGCUGAGGAGCAAAGAUCCCAACCACUCCGAGGGGAGCUCUCCUAAGUCUGUGAGGACAGCCCAGAGUCCUGCGCACAAGAAUAGAAGGACACCCAAAACCCCAGCGACUGCGAUUUCUUCUGAUGAUGGAACAAGAGACACGAGACGAGGCAGUGAGGAAAAGAUGAGCGGAGCCGCUCCCUGCUCUGUAAACGCAUCUUCUAGUGAGAUUAAGAAAGCGCCUGUUCUUAGCCGCUAUCCUCCUGCAGCUCAUGACCAGAAGCCACUUAGGAUGGCUCACAAACCGACCGAUGGGGAUAAUAAAAAGAGCAGAGCAGAGAAGUUUUCAAAGCUGUACUUGGGUAGUGAUAGUGAAUCAAACAACUCUGAUAUAGUGCCUGAAAGUUCUAGUACCUUCAACAGUAGCUCUGCUUUCGAGAAGGACACUGCGUCUGCUUCAGAUCAGGAAUCGACAGACCAAGUGCAGGAAUCUGUCUCUGCAUCUGUCGCCUCCACCCUGUCCAAAGCCAAUGGCGCCUACGGAGCCUUCAGGUCCCACGCUACUCCACCGUUGUCCAACGAGCAGGAGUCGGAAGGUCAUUCAUCGGCCUCUGAAACGGAAUCGACUGGUUCAAGGCCCUCCGAACCAGAGCCUGUACCUGAGACGACGACUUCUACCGUCGGCAGGAGAGCCGCGACCUCCAAAUAUCCGAGAUACGCCGGUGUCCACGACUCAAAUUCAGAGGGUUCCUCUCCCAGGAGCUCGUUUGAUGAAGAGCUCCACAACAGAACACUGUUCGCCGAGGGAGGCCACCAGGGGCCCGCACAGACGCCGUCGGGCAUUGAGAUCCAGCGAGUGUGCAGCCCGCGCGAGGCGCUGAGGUCCAACGCUGUCAUCAAGCCGGCGAUCGUCGAGAUCGACAGGAAGGAAGUGAUGAUGGCCGAACUUUUGGCUACAAAUGGCAAACCUAACAUCUCCACCAAACCUGUCGUGGCCACCACUGGUAAAAUGACCAGUAGUAUAACCAUCUACCCCAGCGACCCAAGCUCUUCCAGAACGAGCAGUCGCAGCAGCAGCGUGUCCAGUGAGCCCGUGUUGGUCAAAGAACGCCACACCUCCACCAGUAACAUCGUCAUAGGUAAGAAAGGCCCCAGCAGCGGCAGCGUCUCCAUCCCAUACGAGAUCUCCAUUCCCAAAAGUGAGAUCGCCUCGCGGUCGUGCCCGGACCAGGACUGCGUAGCGGACGAGCACAGCGACGCGUCGUCGAGAUCAAAGCCCCGCGACUCGUCCAGAGUCGAGUCCACCGCCAGCCACUUGUGCUGCCAACGCGGCAACUUCAGCCUCCAGUCCCUGGACCCCCCCGCUGCGGACUUCAACGACACCGAGUCGGGCUUUGAGAGCAGCAGCAGCACCACGGUCACCAGCUGGCGGCACCAAAGACAAAGCCGGCACUCCCAAGCAGACAGUUUACCAGACGCGACGAACGUGACCGUGAGAAGCACCUGGAAGAACCUGGGCACGCCGUCGGCGGACGAGACGGGCGAGGGAAGAGGAGGCGCGAGGACGACGACCGACGGGGGGUCUGAGGAUGAAGCGGAGGUCGCGACGACGUGGAGGGCUUACCGGGCGACCACCUUCGAUACAGAAGAAACGACAAACAGCGGAACGGGAGGCGGUGGGAGCGCUGAGGCCCAGAGGGGAGCCAAGCCGUCCCCUGCAGAGAUGUACAUGCGUAGGAUCAGCAGCGUGGUGGAGACCCCCGUGGUUCACAGAGGCAAACGCUCGACGUCUCCCACCAUGGAAGCGAGAGGCCUGGGGAGGUCCGUACCCCACGCACCUGUCACCGCUCAGUCCUGGGGCCGAGCCUACACGCAACAGCCGCAGGCUGCUGACGGCGCAGAGCAGAGUCCAAACCCGAGCCCCAGUCCGGCCUCCUGGAGUCGGCAGAUACCCGGCAGCGACUCUCCUCACCCGGGGAGCUCUCAUGACCGGGCGUCCAGGACAGCGGGGGCCUCCUCCAGAGGGGACCCGUGGUCCAGUCGGGGACAAGGGUCAGGGGCCCGAGCCGAAGGGAGGAGCGGAGCGGGGAUCCGGCCGUGGAAUCAUCGUCACCCGGAGCCCCAUUAGAGCAGCGGGGGUCUCGGGAGGACCUCUACGGCAAGAGGACAGCACGCCAUCACGCCAUCGCGCUCCCAACGGCACACAGAGGGCCAGACAUCCGGCUCCCAUCGUCUAAUGGCUUCCAUCGCCAAAAAGUCAACAUCUACGGCUUUUUAUAGCAGAGAAAAAAAGAAAACUAGCAGUUGCAGCCACACACAGUUCAACAAACCGCAGACCUGACAUCCCCCCCCCCCCCCCCCCGAUCCGGAACUCUCUCCGUCCCACAAGAGGCAUCCGUGGAAAGACGGCCCCCGUCCGGCGUCCUGGAGGUCGCCUCACCAGCCCACGUCUCCUCUUCUGCUUCUAAUGGUGGAUGUGUCGUAGCGUAAUCCCGAAAACUUGACAAGGGAGAGGCUGGCGUGUCGUGGACGGCUCGGGGGGGGGGGGUUCUCAUCGAGGUCCAGGAAGAGCGACUCGGACGUUGAGAAUCCCUUUUCUCAACGGACCCUGAAGGUGACCCUCAAAGGAGCUGGAGAUCUCACUGACAAAAAAUCAAAGGACCCGAUCUUCAAUCCACAGCAGUUCAAUGUUUCCGAGGCGGGGUCUUCAUGCAGAGUUCUUAACAAACUGAUAGAUCUUUAACUUUUUUAAUGUGACCAAAAACGGGAAGCGAAUUAUUGUCUUUGCUGAUUCCUUAUGUGCAUUUUUUUUUUUUCUUCGCGAUUUUCCCACCCAUAAGUACACAAACCCAUACAAACACGUGCACAUUUAAAUAUUUUGGUUUAUUUUUAACCCACUGGCCUCCGGACUGGAUUUAACUUGGGGUCUUAGAUGUUAAGUGAUCGUUUGCAUGUUUCUCAGUAAUAAAUUAAGAGCACUUGAAAGUUUAAAAUUGUGACUCAGCAUGUACUCUGUCUAAAGGAUUGCUGGUUGGCUGCAUUAAUAGCGCACACACACACACACACACAUGUAUUCUGAAAAGCCGGGACCUUAAAGCUUUUUGCCAUUUUCACCAUUUAUUUAGCUUCUUUGUAAUUCGCUUCCUGUUCGGCAUUAUCCUUUCCAAACGUAGUUUGCCCGCAAUGAAAUGCAAUGCACAUGUAGAAGAAAUAUAAUUCAUAAAUGGGGUGGUGGGGGGGGGGGUUGUUUAUCACCUUUAACCAUGUCGCAAUGUUCACGGUGCUUUGUUUUACAGCUGCAUUGUCCUCAUUCGUGUAUUUCUAGAGAGCCGCAACAAAGAGGAGGUUCUGUUAGAACCGGACUUUGGAUGACCGGCCGACCUGCUGUACGCACUGGUGUUCAUGCAGUCAGUCAUAGGAAGGAACAAGACUCCUAAUCACUGGGAACUGACCGUUCAGUGUGUGUGUGAGCGUGUGUGUGUGAGAGAGACUGGGUUCGCCGUGCGAAUUGUUCCAGCGUAUUUCUAUACAGGUGUAUUCAUUUGUUACGUCAUAAAAAUAUCACCGUGCGGUUGCUAUGCUGGAGCCGUCUCUCACAGGAGGGUCCGCUGCAUCGAUGGGGGGGGGGGGUUAGUUUAGUGUGGUGGCCAGUCAUACAAAUGAGGGGUUUUCAUGGAGCUGAACUUCUCACAGACUCCUGCUGGACUUGUAUCGAUGACCCGCCCACAGAAUAGAUGAAUGUGCUAUCGAAUGCAGCCGAGCAUGAACACUUCAAAUCUGACCGGAUCAUGGAAUCAUAGCUGUGACAACUUUGGGACUCAUCAAAUCUGUUGGAAGAACUUUGAGGCCUUCUCCUCUCCGCCUGGCUCCUCCUCCUCCUCCUCCUCUGCUGUUCCGGAGUUCAUUGCCGAGCUGAGUGCCGCCUCGUCUCACUUCUCCUGCAGCCGCCAUCCAGCUGUACUAUUUAUUGGUCUUACAUCCAUGUACAGGUUGUUUUUGCCGUGAGGUCUGUCAUGCAGUCUGUCGCCGCUUUGUCACUUUACUGUUUAUGCAAGCAGGAGUUUAUAUGCAAUCAAUAAACCGUCAUCAUGCUUUUCGUACUAAUCGCCAAACAUGGAUCUCUGUUUUCCUCCAGAAUGCACACGUCCACUAAUAUCUCCUCUCCUCCUGUGUGUUCUUCUGUGCCUCGAGACGCCGAGAGGGAAUACACACAAACGUAUUCAGACGUGCGCCAAAGUGUUCGCCUCGCUGUGCAUAUAAACGACAUGCAAUACUGACUUGUGAGGUUGACUUUUUUAUUUUCUAUUCUUUCCUCGAGGAUUGUUGUACGAAACGUCGUAAAAGUAUUUUGGUUAAAGGGCGAGAAGAGGUUUUCCUCGAGGAAGCUCCGCCCCCAGAGGAUGUCGGAGCGAGUUCCCUGAGAAAAAGUUUUUUUCUUUCUUUUCUUAAAAAAAAAAAAAACUCGACUUCAAAGUAGCCUCUUUAAAGACGAGAGACAGCACCGCCCGAAAAGCCAUGUCGUUUGGAUUUGCCUGUCAGUCUCGGCCUCAGAGAGGAUUGCCAUGUGGCCGCCGCUGGCUUCACGACGCGGCAGAGCCCGACCGGACGUCCACGUCUCGGCUUCAGGACGCCAGACGUCUCGCCUCUCGUUCUGAUGCUUCCUCCCUCUUCUCUGCGUCUUCCUCCUCGACUCCUAAAGGGAAACCUCACCGGCAGUGACUCGUGUUGUCGGUUUAGACUUCCUUUUAUUGCAGGCCCGUCACCAGGCUGUGACGGCCAAAAGGUCAGAGGUCAGAGCGCCGUCUAAUUCUGUCUCCGGCUUGACUCUAAAUACGAGAGGAAGGCCGACGGCUUGGCAGCGAUCUCCGCUCUAGGGGUAAUUAAAACGGACGCUGGUAUCGAAUGUCCGGCCUGAGCUCAUGCUGCCACAGAUACCCGCGGUGUGGUCAUCCAUCGGCGGGUGUUUAUUAAUAUGGCGGCGAGGGCUCCGGUUUUGAAGCUCGCCGUGUGAACCGGUGCGUCGGCUGCAGAUCCCCGAGUCGGCACGCGGGGCCCGGAGAGGGGUUCAUUUCGUGAGGAUGACAUCACCGCGGGUCAGGAUCACUGCAUAUAGCAACUGGAUGAUGCAAGCGCUGACACGAGGCCCUCCUCGAUCUUCAGCCUGCCUGACUUCUCCCCCCCCCCCACGUGUCCCUCCGCCCCAACAAAUAGGUCCGUACUACAACUGAUGGAGAGCUCCCGGAGAGCAGAGUAUUUCGGAUGUCGUGAUGGAAGAAUCUGUUAAACGGCAGAGAGAAAGCGUCCGCUUUACAGCUCAAACACCAAUAAAGAGUGGAACUAAAAUCCUCUUAAACUCUGGGCUUGUAAGCAGAAACGGACGUUAUUUACAAGUCAUCGUGUUUUCCCUUUUGUUAAGCAGACUAGAAUGUACUAGAAAUGGCUCUCGGGGCCCUCGUCCUCAAAAGCCUCCAUUGUGAAGCCGGGGGGGGCUAUAAUCUGCAUUUAACCAGCACUUAACUUUAAGACCUCAAACGACUAAUGCCCCUUUAGUCCCAGAAAUUUUUUCCCAAAAUUGAGUUUUUGCUUCUGUUCCAGUCGCUGUUUGCUGAAUUCACCACCGGAGGAUAUAAUGAUCAUAUGUAUAGAAUGUGUAUUUUUGCAGCAGCCGAAUCAGAGUAUUCUAGAAUCAUCCACCAGUUGAAAGAACGGACAUUGGCGUGACCUGAGUGAAUAAUCCUUGAGGUGUGGCUCCCCCCCCCCCCCCCCCAGCUGCUGACGUUGAGGGGACAGUCGGUUUGAGGCGUUUUGUUUUCUGUCGACUGUGUUCUGUUUUCUUAUUUUGGAAGCUGUAUCGGCUUGAUUUUAUUUCAGGAAACUUGUAAUUUUGUAAAGAGGGCCUCUAUUAUUGAAAUAUAUUAAGUAUUUGUCCGUCUUGAUUUUAAGAAUAUUUCUUUUUGCAAGAUAAUGCAUCUUCCUGAUUGUUAAUACACUCCUGGAGAGUA